AUGAGGAUACCUAUUUCCUCGGGAUAUACGGACACUUGGUACUGGGAUGGUGAUCCUAGAGGAAAUUAUUCUGUUAAAAAUGGCUAUAUACGCAUUGUUGGGAAUUACGAGGAUAGCAAUGACAUUGUUUUUAACAAAUGGCUAGCACUCUGGAAACUAAAAAUUCCCCCCAAAUGGAAAACCUUCCUAUGGAAAGCUCUAAGUGAUAUCCUCCCCACCACCAAGAAUUUACUUAUAAAGAGAGUGGAUGUUGAGCCAACAUGUGCCAUGUGUGGUAUCAUUCAUGAGGACACUAUGCAUGCAUUAGUUUUGUGUGACUAUGCAAACAACAUAUGGAGCCAAUCCAACCUUCCAAUCCCUGACACAAAUGUUUUUCAUGAGUUGUUUAGUAAGAUCUUGGAUUUUCUAGACACUGAUGAAAUAAUGUAUGCAGCUGCAAUUCUUUAUCACAUUUGGAGAGCCAGAAACAAUGCGGUUUGGGAUGCCUAUCUACCAAAGCCAAGAGGGGUGUUGGCGGCUGCCACCGCCGCAAUGCAUGCAUGGCGUCAAAUUCACCACAUCACCGAGUCACCCGCCACCAUUGCACCAACCGAGACGCUUCAAGCUGCUGCCACUAUAACGCCGCCAGGACGACCGCCAGGACGCUGCCUUGUGGACGCUGGGUAUCACCGCUCAGCGAACACGGCCUCGGUAGGAGCAGUUUUGCUGGAAGCAUAUGGAGGUUUCAUCUCGGCCUUUGCUUCUUCUCUUCUGGACUGCUUUUCUCCAUUUAUGGCAGAGGCGUUUACUUGUAAAGAGGCCUUAUCAUGGUUGAGGGAUCGUGGCGAGCGCUCUAUAGAACUAUACACAGACUGCCUAACAUUUCAGCAAUACUUAUCUUCUACAACUAAUCCAGAUCGCACAUAUAUCGGUUACGCUAUUGAUAGCUGCAAAACUUUAUUAGCAUCCUUUGAUUCAUGUUCUGUUAAAUUUAUUCCUAGAUCAGAAAAUUAUUUAACUCAUACUUUAGCUACAUCAGCUUUUAGUCAGACUGCUGCUAUGUACUGGGAUACAACCCCACCGGAUUCGAUUUCAGCCUAUUUUGAAUAA